AUGGGUUCGAAGUCUACUGCAGCGUUCUUCAUCUUUUUGAUUUGCAUGGUAACUGCGUUGCCACCAAUUCAAGCUUGUGGGCCUUGUACCCAAUCUCAUCCACCACAACCACCUAAACAUCGUUGCCAUUCCAAAAGUCCUUCCCAUCCUAAACACCCACCACACAACGGAGGUGGAGGCGAGGCGAUGGAGGAGGAGGCGGUGGUGGUGGUGGAGGCAGAAGUGGUGGUCAUCCGAAACGGAGGAGGAGGUGGAGGUGGCAGGGGUAAACGUCAUCCCCCUCUUGCCAAAUCGACUACUUGUCCUAUUGAUUCGCUGCAGUUAGGGCUUUGUGUAGAUGUGCUUGGUGGUUUGGUGCGUAUAGGGUUGGGGGAUCCAGUUGAGAAUGUUUGUUGUCCCGUCCUUCAAGGGUUGUUCGAGCUUGAAGCUGCGAUAUGUCUUUGCACGAUUAUAAGGCUUAGGCUGCUGAACCUAAACAUCUAUAUUCCUCUUGCUCUUCAAGCUCUGAUCACUUGCAGCAUAACUCCUCCUCCUGGUUUCGUAUGUCCUCCUCUUUAAGUGUAGUAAUUAAGUACGUA